AGAAAAGGAAGCAUUUCGUCCAGCCUCCGGACGCGGCCAAGUUAUUUUCCUUACUUUUGAACUCGCCAACGGGUCAUUUUCAACCGUUUGACGCCCAAAAUCUCACGAUGAGCUUCAACAGAGGUCCUUCUUACGGCUUAACCGCGGAAGUCAGAAACAAGAUUGCAAUGAAAUACGACCUCCAGAAGGAGGAGGAGCUGAGGAUCUGGAUCGAGGAUCUGACUGGCGCCACCAUCGGCGACGACUUCCAGAACAGCCUCAAAAGUGGAGUCAUUCUGUGCCAGCUUAUUAACAAACUCCGACCUGGGUCUGUGAAAACAAUCAACCACUCGUCGCUCAACUGGCACCAGCUGGAGAACCUGACCAACUUCAUCACGGCGAUCAAAGCCUACGGCCUGAAGCCCCACGACACCUUUGAAGCCAACGACCUUUUCGAGAAUGGCAACAAGACGCAGUUGCAGACCACGCUGCUGGCAUUGGCCAGCAUGGCCAAGACCAACGGCGCCCAGUCACGGGUCGACAUUGGCGUGAAAUAUGCAGACAAGCAGAAGCGGACGUUCGACGAGGAGAAGCUGAAGGCUGGACAGUGUGUUAUCGGCCUCCAGAUGGGGACCAACAAGUGUGCCAGCCAGGCAGGUAUGAACGCGUACGGCACCAGGAGGCAUUUGUAUGACCCCAAAUGUCCAAUGCUGCCCCCGAGGGACAACACCACCAUCAGUCUGCAAAUGGGAACCAACAAGGGGGCAAGCCAGGCCGGGAUGACCGCGCCGGGUACGAGACGCGCCAUCUAUGACCAGAAACUGGGCACGGACAAGUGUGACAACAGCACCAUGUCCCUCCAGAUGGGCUACAGCCAGGGAGCCAAUCAGAGCGGCCAGAACUUUGGCCUGGGCCGGCAGAUCUACGACGCCAAGUACUGUACCAAGGGCGGCGAGGUUGCAGAGGAAACUAAUGGCGCCAGCGGAGCCUACAUCCCAGACUACCAAGAUGAGGGUUAUCAGGGUUACCAAGAGGAGGAGCAGGUGUACAGGGAGGAUGGGACGGAUUACUAGAGGAAGACGCGGUCCGAUGAGGCGUGCCCUGCAAAAAAAAAAAAACACGAGGCAGAUGUUUUUAGUUUUAUAUCCCAAGGAUGCUGCACCUUCCGAGUGUCACACAUGUCCUUAUAGUCGAGUUUCUCUUACCCCGUGAUUGUUACACAUAUCAAAAUGAACUGUAUUUGUGUGAUUUAUGAUUUUUUUUUUUUUAAUCUGGAAAGAGGCUACAAAAGCUUUAGAUGCUGUUUUGUAUCCCUGGGAGUUAUUGUUGGUGUGCCAAAUUUCCUUUUCCCCAGUGCUUCAUAUCACAGGGAGAUGUUAAGGACAGCGUAUUUUUCUUGGAAAUCAGUACCUUCGAUUCAAACACCCAGACAUCCAAAUUGAAUUGCAGCGAAUUUUACAGAGUAGCCGUUUUGUUUUAGUGACAAAUGAGAGCUUCUGCUCACACAGUUUGCCUUUUCUUAUGUUGUACGUAUUACAGUACAGUCAACAUUUGGAUUGACUGGAUAACUAGUCCAACUUGUUUGACAGAAGAAGGGGGCGGGGAGUUGACAUUAAUCAAUCCCUGUUUUGAACAGUCCAAGUAUGAAUACUGGAAAUUUUAUAUCAAGUGAAUCAUUCCUUUUACAUUGUUUAUCGUGUAAACCAAUUGCUCAAUUCUGUUUUAUUUAUACACUAUUUUGUGAUUUUUUUUUUUCCAACAAUGACUCGUGAAUUACAUUUAUAGUACCAUGUUUGUUUGAUAUUUAACUCUGGCUUUUAUUGCUGCCGAUGGAAAAACAAAUUGACCCAUAAAUUUAACCUGCUAAUUUAUGAAGUACACCUCGGGAGGGGAGGGGGCGGGGACCACAACAGCUCCUAAUUGGCUUUUAAUGUUUUAGUUAAUCUGAGAAAAUAUGAGCAUCGUAAUCUCUGUUGCGGUAUUAUGCUGCUUUUUAGUUUUGUCUACGUGUACAGAAUAAAGUAGCAGGUGUAGUUGUUUUUGUUGAUGCAUUGUAAUAAAUAUGUAUUCAUUA